UUGUCAAAGAAAUCACAAUGCCAAGUUCAAACCAUGGCUGAAAACUCAGAAAACAACAAACAGUUUGUAACUUCUUAAGCUCCUCAGCUAGAGGAAGAAGAUCUUCAAAAGUAAGAUAAGUUUCUUCAAGCCAAGCACACUCAGUUCAAGCAAUAAUGCCAAACUGUUAGUUUAACAUUUUGUACACAUAGGGUUCGUACCGGUUCCGGAAAUCCAGGAAAGUCCUAGAAUUUUAUUGUCACGUUUGGAAAAAUAUUGCUGGUCCUGGAAAGUCCUGGAAAUCUGUUAAACUGAAUAAAGUAAUAAUGUUUUCCUUAAAACAAAUGAGAAAACGUUUUUGAGAAUUAUUAUUAUAACAUGCUAUGCGUCUGUGGUUUUGACUGCAUAAAAUAUUUCUCUUUCAUGUUUUUCCCAGUACAUAGUCCCUUAGUAACCUGGAGAUAUGCAUGAUUUCAUAAGUUUGAGAUUUAUGCAUCAGUCGAUGGUUGUCCUUAGUUUUAAACAUUUUUAUUCUUAAAUAUUCCUGGUAAAUGUUCGUUUAGUGAUGGUGACCGUUGGUUGAAAAACUCUUCCUAUACAAUGUGGUUGGAAUGUGACAUGGACAAUAUUUUGAAGCAAAAUGCAAAGUUUGUUGGAAGGCAUUUGAUGUAUCAAACAUGGGAGAAUCAGCACUGAAAAGCCACGAAAGGGGAAAGAAGCAUAUUUAUCUGAUGGAAACACAACAUCUCCUUUGAAGAUCCAUGAAGUUGAAGCCUACCGACAAAUAACAGCACGCAGUUAGACUACAAGAAAGUUGAUGUUGGCUUUGUGGCACAACAGAUGCUGAAAGAAAAGUGUUAGAAAUUUGUGUGAAAGGCAAGUUCUUCAAUUCAAAAUGGAAUGUAAAGAUUUUCUUGCAAAAGCAGCUUCUAAACUUCUUGACAAACCACCAAUAAAUUAUCGGCUAGUAAGAAAUAUGCUAAUGGCAUUAGAGAAAGAAAUGUGUGUCAGCAAAAUGAAAAGAGUUCUUGAAAUUCUUGUGGAAGGCCACAGAUUGAAGACUAAUGAGUGUGAUGAGGAGAUAUAUCAGUCUGGACAGUUUCUGGAUGAAUGUGCAGGUGUUAUCCUACCUCUGAAGAUUUUGACCCAAGUGAACCCAUUUCAAGAGUUGACAUGCUGUUGUAUGAACACAUGCAUGUGUGGCUUGUGAUAAGCAACUGGCUAUAAAGUGUCAGUGGAGUGUGGUUAAAUUACUGCUGCUAAUGUCUCAUGGUCAAUCCACAGUUAAUAGACUGAGGUUUUUUUGUAAACAAAGAAGUGGCAGUUGAGAACCCAUCAGAAAGAUCAUUCAUGGUCACAUUGAAUCAGUUGGAAGCCUUGUCAAUUACCAAAUCUGAAAGCAACUUCAUUUGUCAUCUUUUGGAGCUUGACAGAAUUACCUUUCCUAUCUAGAAGAGCAGAAGAGUUAAGCCUCCCAGGAAAAAUUGCUUAAAUGAAAGGCAACAAUGGAUGAAAUCGAUUUGCUUAAGGAAAAGAAAUGGUAGUUGA